AUGUACUCGCUUUUUGCCUUGGGUCAUUGGGUCUCUGUCCGGUUCGUUUGGAAGGCCGGAGUGCGCCAUUGGCUGGACAUCGUAGACGUCCUGUUCCGCUACAUCGGCAUGCUGAGGAGAGAGGGGCCUCAGGAAUGGGUUUUCCAGGAGAUCAGGGACGUCGCCAACAUUCAGUACAGGUGUGAGAUUGAAACGCCUGUACACGCGCAACGCGCCGAUGGGAAGAAGAUAACCAGCCGGAUUAAUUUCUCGUGCUUCUCGUCAUCUGUUGACAGGAGUUUAGCAGGGAACAGGAAGCAGAGGCACCACGCAACGAGGGGACGUGCUUGGAACUUUGUCGCCUUAACACGGAGAAUGUCAACAACGGUCCUGCGUUUCAGGAGGAGAGCGAGCCGGCAGAGUACGUGGAACGGCUUGCCGAGCAGAUGCUGCCCUUCGCCCGCUUCGAGGAUGCCCAUAUCCUCAAGGGACCCUACAUCAUGGACAAGUGGGACCCCGCCCUGCUCGAAGCAAGGAAUCAUCGAACAGCUCACCCCCAGCUUGGCUCGAUACGACGUCCUAUCUACACUCUUCGGACGCGCUGUGGACGCCGCUCAAAACGGCAAGAACCAACAUCCUCAGAGCGAGGACAACGAGGGAGAAGACGAUGAUGACGACGACAAGACGGCGGAGGGCGAGGGUGCCCCCGGCAAGGGAGGAGCAGGCCAGCGAAGAAAGAAAAGAGCUACGGGCGAGGAAGACGACGCCGGUUCCGACGAAGGUUCCGAGGAUGAAAGUUCCGAUUAUGAUUCUGAGGAAGGUUCGGGGGGUGGAGAUGAAGAGGAGGAGGAGGAGGAGGAGGAGGAACAGCAAGGGAUGGAACUGGGGCACUAUCACGAGCUUUGCAAGAAGCCCGACCGCGACCCGCUGGAAGAGCCUCGCUUCGGGGUGUGCUUCUGGAGCGACGCGGUUCCCGCGGAGAUCUUGGAGGCAUGGGCGGCAUCCCUGCAGCAAGAACAGCAGCAGCAGGCGGGCGGCAGCACCGCCAGAAGCUCUCUGCUCAGCAGCAACGCGGGCACUACCGGCGCCGGGAAACACCCGGGUACGGUUGCCGCCACUGCCCCGACCAACGGUACCACCAACGGGAUGACGAUGAUGAAGGCCGCGGCGGGGGGGGCGCAGAAGCAGCGUCAAGACGUACCCAAGGGCAGCGGCAGCGAUAGUAGCGAGCCCCCUCUCCCCACCCUGGCCCUCCCAAAGCCCAACCGGUUCAUCCCCUCGGAGUUGGGCAUCAAGGAAAUUCCCGCUGGGUCAGAGGACGGCAGCGGCAAUAUCGCCUCCUCGACGGAAGCCGAGGCGGGAGGAAAGGGGGCAGCGCAUCAUCGGCAGCAGGCGGAGCGACACAGCCCGCGCAAGGUGGCGAGGGAGAGCGCUUCGGCGCGAGAUGCUGGCGGCGGUGGUGGGGUCGUGAGGUGCACCCUGUGGCACUUGCAGGACAGGACAUUCGGGCAGCCCAGGGCGGAGAUAUAUCUCAAGGUUGUGACGCCGGUGGCGAACGAAAGCGCGCGGUCGGCGGCUCUCUGCGAGCUGGUGGUGCGGCUGGUGAACGACUCCCUGACCGAGUACUCCUACGACGCGUACGUGGCCGAGCUCAGCUACCACGUCAAGGCAACAGACGCGGGUUUCCAGAUACACGUGUACGGCUUCGAUCACAAGGCCCCCCUCAUGCUUCGGGAGGUGCUCAAACGCCUGCUGGACCUGGGGUCCCACCUGGAGGAAGGGCCCCUGUCUGUGCAGCUGGAAGCCCUAAUCAGAGGCUACCACAACACCAACAUGAAGCCCGGGAGGCACGUCUCCAACGUCCGACUUGAGGCUUUGCGGAAAGGCAGAUGGUCUCCAGUGCAGAAGCAGUCUGCCCUGACCGGGGCUGGGGAAGAGGAGGACGCCUCAGGCCCAGCAGCCGGAAAAGGGGCAGCCGCACCGGCGCUGUCUGUUGCGCACGUGCAGGCCUUCCUCAAGCGUCUGUUCCACAGGGUAGAGAUGGAAGGUCUCGUUCACGGAAAUUUCUCGGAGGCAGACGCCGAGAGAGUCUUGGACGAAAUCGACCAGGUAGCCGAGGAGGCGGCAGUCAGCAGGGAGGGAGGCGGCAACGUUGACGUCGACAUCGAGAAGGGCGACGGCGGUGACGCGGAGGGGGUGGCGUUCAAGUACCCGGAGGAACCCGUCGUGAAGCUCUACCCGUCCCAGCACGUGCUUUACUGCUGUCCCAGCAAGGAUCCCACGGAAGAAAACUGCGCGCUGGAGGUGUACUGGCAGAUCGGGGCGAACAACCUCGGGGGUAAAGUUAUCGCCGACGCCAUCAAGCAGGUGAUGGACGAGCCUCUGUACGACCAGCUUCGGACGAAGGAGCAGCUUGGGUACAGCGUCGGGUGCUCCACCCGCGUCACCUGCGGCGUGCUUGGCUUCUGCAUCACUGCGCAGUCCGCCGCUUACGCCCCCGCUCACCUCUACGCCCGCGUCCGCGCGUUCAUGAAGUCCUUCCGGGACACCCUGGCGGGCAUGACAGAAGACACGUUUUCGAUGAACAUGGAGUCCGCCGCGGCGAACAAGCUCCAGCCCGACAACACACUCAGCGAGGAGGCCCAGCGGUACUGGUGCGAGAUCUACAGCCGCAGGAGGGAGUUCCACGUAAACGUCGCGGAGGCCGCGGAGAUGAAGGGGUUGGAGAAGUCCGCCGUUCUACGAGCAUACGAGGAGUGGUUUUCGGGCGAAGGCGAGGGCAAGCCUUGCUUGACGCUUACGGUAACCGGCCGGGGCAAGUUCAACGCCGACGACGAAGCCAAGGCGAUACAAGCUUACAUCCAGGAGGAGAUCGAGAGCAGCAGCAGCAGCAGCAGCAAAGACGUGGACGGCGGGCUGUCGUCACCCUCACGAAAAACGUGCGUGCGCAUCGCGACGCCCCCGGAGCUGUACUGCCCCGCGGAGGGUCGGGACGUGUUCCCCAACUUCUUGGCCUGCUGAGUUGUUGACCGUGCCACAUCGCAUCGGCCACUUGUGGCCUGCAUCGGCACUUCGGUCCCGAACACCAGUACCAACGUCUCGAGAUAUGAUUAGGUUCGUAGUGAGUUCUUUAGCCUCGUGGGUUUGUUGGUUUCCGAUCGGCCGUGGAAGGCAAGUUUCGCAUCGUGCACGCCUUAUGGCGGGUGGUUCUGCCUAGGCGGGGGCGUGUUGAGGCGGCUGGGUGUGACUAUGGUCGUCAGCCACUGGGCGGGCGGUCUUGGCCUUGACUGAAGGCUGGCCCUGGGGUGGUUCAUGGGUAGUCACUGGGUACAUGUGGUCGCAUGAACUUACCCUACAUGUAGGACUAUUCUACGCCCAGCUCGAGCAAGACUAGAAUACGGGCAGCAUGAACCUAUCGAAAGGAAGAACAUAGGGUAGACAACAUCCUGUAGACUAGAUGUGGUACAAAAGGCCUGGGGGCUGCUUGCGAACAGGAGGAGCUGGUGCACGUGGUAAUGUUCUCACCACAGCUGGAUAGACUAUAGUGAUGAACGGAGUCCAAAGAUAGGGGUGGGCCCAAACGUUCACCGUCACCCUUGUGUAUCGACGGUUGAACGUCGGUUCAUGACACACCGCGCGUCUAUUGGAGUGGAGUGUUCCGCGCAUUGCACAGGUGUAGCUUCGAAAAAAAUGUAGUGCUACAGAUAUACUUCAUUGAUGUAAAUGCGACGGCCCUGGUCCGCUCUCCAACAACAUUAGUGACCUAACGGUCGCGUU